AGUCCGCGGGUUAAAUCGAGCUGCCACCUCCCCUCAUCAAUAAACGAUUUCGAAGGAGGAGGAAGCAGUGGGGAAAAGGCGAUGUUGGUUAGCAGUUGUGCUGGUUUUGUUUCGCAGACCUGGCAACCUUGACUCUGAAACACUUCCGGCGGUGGACGUGCAAGCGAGGUUCCUUCCACUGACUGUUCUGAGCAAUUCCGUGUGCAGACCAAAGCCCCAAAACUACAGUAUUCCAGCGAGUACAAUGUCAGACGGUUUCCUGAUGGAGGUAUGUGUGGACUCAGUUGAGUCAGCCAUAAACGCAGAAAGGGGAGGUGCUGCUCGUAUCGAGUUGUGCUCUAACCUACUGGAGGGAGGACUGACACCCAGCACAGGUCUGUUGCAGGUGGUCAAAGAGAAUGUGCGCAUCCCGGUGUAUGUUAUGAUCCGGCCCCGCGCUGGGGACUUCCUGUACUCAGACUGGGAGGUGGAGGUGAUGAAGAGGGACAUUGAACAGAUGAAGAUUCACAGAGCAGAUGGGCUGGUGUUUGGAGCGCUGACAGAAGACGGACGUGUGGAUACUGAGCUCUGCAUGGAACUACUGGCGGCUAGUCGACCUUUACCAGUUACAUUUCACAGAGCUUUUGAUAUGGUCCACGAUCCAAUGGUUGCGUUAGAAGCUCUGAUCUCGCUGGACUUUGAGAGGAUUUUGACCAGUGGUUGUGACAGCACUGCACUGGAAGGUUUGCCUGUAAUUAAACGAUUGGUGGAACAGGCAAAAGGCAGAAUAGUAAUAAUGCCAGGAGGUGGAAUCACCGAGAGGAACCUUCAGAGGAUUUUAGAAGGUUCAGGAUCUCAGGAGUUCCACUGUUCUGCUCGCUCCAGCAAGGACUCCACCAUGAAAUUUAGGAAUUCUAAUGUGAGUAUGGGAGGCUCUCUGUCCGUACCAGAAUAUGCCGUAAAAGUGGCUGACGUGACUAAAGUACGUACACUGAACGCCAUUGCCAAGAACAUACUCUAGGAUACGUGGAGCGUCCUUCAUUUAUAUCUACAGAAAUCAAUAAGACAUGUACAGCAGCACAAAAGGGACAAUCUUGUAAUUUCUCAGUAUGUAUAUUCAUGUGAAUGUGCUCUUUAACAAUUUACAGUGAAGUUGGAGCAAAAUUAAAAACGAAAUGUCAAAAUCAACAGCACAGUUUUGUUUAGCUUUUGACAUUUUGCAGGUGUGAAGUAAAAUUCUCCCGAUCUCUUGAUCCAUGGCAUAUGUUCAUACCACUUCUUUUGUUAUUCUCUGUUUGAUUAAAUAAAAAUAAUAAUAAUAAUAAUAAAAAUGCC